GCGCCAUCUUGAAACGCGAAUAAGAAAGAAAGAUGCCGAAGCGGAAAGAAGCAAGCGAAGAGGAUACAAAAGAAUCAUCAUCCACUUCUCCUAAAAAGAAACACAAGCACAAACACAAGAAGCACAAGAAGAAGAAGGAUCAUGGACCAGAGGGACUUGAAGAACCUCGCAAAAAGGAAAAGAACAAAGAUAAGAGUAAAUCACGAGAGAAAGACAAGGACAGGGAUAGCAAUAAAGAUGAGGGAAAAGCCGUGACUCUUAAGAUAAAACUUGGGGGUGAAACAUUAGCAACAACACAAAUGGCAAAAAUAGUUCCUGUGAAACCGCCAGAGGCUGUAAUAACCAGUGGAGAGGAGGAAGACGAAGAUAGUUAUCAGCCAUCUUGGCAAGGAAGUGAAAAAGACGAGAAAGAUGAGCCUGAAGUUGCUGAGAAACGUGGCGAUUCUGAUGAUCAAGAAGAGCAGAAAUGGUUAGAUGCAUUAGAGAAAGGUGAACUGGAUGACUAUGGUCGCGUCAAACAAGACAAGGAUGUUAGCAUGAUGACUGCCAGACAGAGAGCCAUGCUUGGACAUGAAAUAGAGGGAGAAAAUCAACUUUUGGAGCUUCCAACAGAACCAAGACGGAAGAAUGAAGACACUGAAGAAGCUCAGAGAAGACGGAAACAAAGAGCUAAGAAGAGAAAACAGCAAAUGCAGAAAAAAAUUGAAGAAAAUAAGACACAAACUGUGAAGAAACUGUUGGAUAGAGAAGCUACAAGAUCACGCAAAGAGGAGGAGAAGCAGGCACGAAAAAAGAAGCAGGAGGUUCCUCACAUCAGAUAUGUCAGUAAUUACCAGGGAUUUGCUAUGUCUUUUUCAACUGGCUUGGAGUUUCCAUUACAAAUGCAGUCAUCUCAGGGGCCUCCAAAACCAAGAUCAGCAUGCUCAGCUCAGGGAUGUACAAACCUGAAGAAAUAUUCAUGUUCUAGUAAUAAUCUGCCAGUUUGCAGCAUGGCAUGUUACAAGAAGGUUCAACUGAUUCCUCGGCAAACUGCAACUGCAGUCUAACCAAGCAACAAGAUGUAAUAGAGGGCUUUUACAAUUGAGCAUUAUAAAACCAAAGCCAAAGUAAUCACAACGGCGAAUCAAAAGAAAGGAAAAAACUUUUAACCUUUUCACUCCCAAGAUCUAAUUAGUAACUCUCCUUACUAUCUGCUGUACAAUUCUUAUGAUGUUAGUUCAGAGAAUUUGAUA